AUGGGCGGUGGACCAGGGUUCACGGCAAUAAAAGUCAGUGAAAUAAUUUAUUUAAUCAAAUGCAAAAAAGUUAACGUUGAAAUAUCACAAAAAAAAAAUUGUUUUAACGAACUACCAGUGUUAUACAAUAACAAAACAUUAUUUAUGGCGCCCAAAACACAUAUUUUACAACAAUUUGGAACACAGGUGGACUGCAAUGUACUUCUACCACCUGCAUUCGAAUUGGGCGGUGAUUGGUUUGCCAUUCUACCAAACAUACAGGAAAUUAAGAAACCACAAAAGCUUAAACCAUCCACGUCCUGGACAUGGUCGUACAAAAGUCCGGAUUUUCUUAUGAAUGCCGGUAUAUAUACAAAGGACACAAUGAAAGCUUUUCAACAGCAUAUAUUGUUCCCGCAAGAAGUGAAAGCUGCCACAAAUAAUUUAAUCAGACAAUCUAUGGGAUAUGAUACGACUAAUCAAGGUCUGCAAUUUAAAUAUUUGAUAGACGAAAACACGCUUGGAAAAAUGGUAGAAGAUAAGCUAUUUAAAUUAUGGGGUUGGUUUACGACAAUUGGAACUUUUGUGUCUGGGCUAAUGGGUAUAUUCUUUGUUGCAAAAUUGAUAUUAACACUUGUUGACACAGGUAUUAAUAUUACUUUUUUAUAUCAAACCUUUGGGUGGAGUACAAAGCUUCUAGCGGGAUUUUUUUCUAGCAUUACUCAUAAUCUAUUACUAAGGUCUCAUAAACACAAUAAUUACACUAAAAAUCAAAAGUUUGAUGAAGACUCUUUAGAAAGAAAAAAUGUUCAGCGUCAUAAUAAUAAAGUCAAUAUUUAUCCAAAUUUAAUGGUUUAA